UGUGAAUACCGUCGGCGCGAAGAUUGCGUGUCUGCGUGAAAUAAUUGCGGAAUUGAAAAGGUUCCAGUCACGUAAGUUUCCUUCCGCCUAUAUUCGCCGGUGUCUUUAUAUUCUUGGCGGCUAGUGCCACACAACUUCCGGCCAAUCCCCAAGAGUAAGUCUCACCAUUUCAAAAAGAGGGAGCCAACAAAUCAAGCAGGACAGCUGUUUUCUGAUGGUUUUACAUGCAUUGUUUUGCAUGCAACCCAGAGCCCUGGUACGCGGCUGCCACUUACGUUACUGUAGUCGCCCUUUUCGAGGUAAGCGGAGGGCGAAGAGACAAGGUGUGCACAGUUCUGGACGGGAGAAGGACGACGCCCGCGCUCUUCCGGGAGCAGUGAUGUACUCCCGGGACAUGUCACCCAGAGGUGACGACGACUACGGCGUCCACUCCUCACGACGUGGAGCCAACGGAUUUACACGACGCGACCGGCUGCUCAUCCCAGUGCCACGACGCAGGGACACCGACAAAAGAUGCCAUAGCGCCGGGGAAAUGCUUUGCACACCAGCUCGUUGCACACGUCUCGCACUUCGCACGUCUCGCACCUGCGACGUCGCGCCGAACAAAACAGCAAUGCCGGUGGAUGACCCAGCUUCCCUGAAACGGGUCUGCGGAAGCACGGCCGGUCUGCAGCGCUCAUUCUGCGUGGCGGGAAUCUUCAAGAAAGAAAAAAAAAUCCCCGCAGCUGGAGGAAGACUGCAGGGAAAACUGCAGGGGGUCGUCCAAGACGCGGACGCUGCAGCGUCUCCCUUGCAUCGUCCCGCCAGCCCCGGGCACGACGGCGCACUGAAAAGCCAGACCCGCCUUCACGAACGCUUGCAUCGACAGUCGAGAAAGGCCCCAACGCGCAGGCAGCGACCGGUACAGAUCGACGCCCCAGACUUUCAUCGGCGAACCACCUCGGCUGCGGGCCCGCAUUCGAAUGCACCGGAGCGGAGUACCCCGCCUUCACUUGGGCGAGACCGCUCGCUCAGCACCGGCGAGAUCUCGCACGUGACGACGGCGAUCACUGUCGAAGUGGAGGAGAACGGUGGGGCUGAACCAUCGCGAACGCCUUCGCCGGCGCCCUCGGCCGAGACGCCCCCUGCUGGUAGCUACAAGCCCGAGACUGGCGUCUCGGAGGCCGUAUCGACGCCCUCGAAUAAUGAAGAUCGCAGAGUCACCACUGACAGCGUUGUUAGGCUCCACCCACUGCCGAUCGACGCGCCCCCUGGCAAUGGAGAGCGGGACGACGACGAAGGAUAUGUCGACGGAUAGAGUGUCGCCAACGAUGACAGCGACCGUGGCGUUUAGGACGGCUAUCCUCGCUGCUUCACAAGUUGCACGUUUUUGUCACGCGGAGUACCCCCGCGUUGAAUGUAAACAUGAUCGCCUUCUCUCCAAAGAACUUCGAAUAACUAAAGGUUUACAUUCAACCCGUUUAUUUAAUAUUCCAGAGUAAAACCUUUGUACUCCAA